CCCAGUUUGGAGCCAAAUGCGGCGCCCGUCCUCGGCAUGGCACCCCGGAAAGAGAAAGGCGCGGCGGGUCCCGGCUCUAAGCUGUGGGAGCCCGCGCUCAUAGCGGCUCCCUUCAACCAGAACGAUUGGAAGGCCUCUGUCACUUUUGUGGUCGGGAACCGGAUUGAGGACGACCUUCUCAUACAUGCCCUUGAGCUUGCUGUCCAACUCCCUCAACGUAAACUCUUCAGUAUAGUGUCAUGGCAAGAUGUUCUCCAGCAGAUCAAUGAAAUACAUGCACUUGUUGGAACUGCUUCAUCUAAAAAGGCCAAAACACCUGUAGGCACCACGGCCCCGUUAUUUCAUGAGGUGUUAAUAGCAGCAAAAACAAUUAUGGAUAGUGGAGAAAAAUUAACCUUACCACUGAUAGGGAAACUCUUGAAAUUUCAACUUCUCCAGAUUAAAGUAAAGGACAAACAAAGAAGAGAAAGUGAAAAGAAGGUGAUAGAAGAAAAAAUGAAAUCAGAGAAGGACAAAGGGAAAGGAAAGUCUCCCAAGGAGAAGAAGGCCCCAAGUGCCAAGGCUGCUAAAGGAAAAGGAAAGGACCAGCCUGAGGCUGCCACAGCAGUGAAGAAGACCACCCAGCUGAAGCGGAGGGGAGAGGAGGAUGACACCAAAAGUUAUAUUGAUGAUGAGCCAGACGAUGGUGCCCAACACUACAUUAUUGUUGUGGGCUUCAACAAUCCUCAGCUAUUAGCCAUUAUGACUGAGCUUGGCAUUCCCAUAACCAGCGUGAUUAAAAUAUCUUCAGAGAAUUAUGAACCUCUGCAGACACACCUGGCAGCAGUUAGACAGCAGCAGGAAGCUUUCCUGCAGCCAGAAGAUAUAGAUGCUGAAAAAGUAAAGAGAGAACAUGCCAUAAAGGAACUUGCAGUUUUCUGGAAGUACUUGGAACCAAUCCUGAACAACGAGAAACCUGAAACAAAUCUCUUUGACGUAGCUCGACUUCAGUGCAUAGUCAAAGCAGUAAACUUCCCUUCUGACUGGUCAGACCAGGAGAUGAUGCUGGAAUUGGGCACCAAUAUCUUUGAAAAUGUUGCAUGUCUGAUGUAUGAUAGCCUGGACUGGCAACGGCAACACCAGCAUUACCUGGAGAGCAUGCAGCUCAUCAAUGUUCCCCAAGUGCUUAAUGAGAAAACUGUUAUAGAAACCAUACCAAUCCCAGAGCCUCCACAGGCUGGUGCUCCAGUCCCUGGAAAGAAGAAAGCACAAUAUGAAGAACCACAGGCUCCACCACCAGCGGCUUUUAUCAUCACAACUGAAGUAGACAUGCGUUACUACAAUGACUUACUGAAUCCCAUUCCAGAGGAAUUCAUUUCUGUGCCCCUGAUACUUCACUGUAUGCUGGAGCAGGUUGUAGCAACUGAAGAAGAUCUUGUCCCCCCAAGCCAGAUGGAGCCACCCUCCAGGGCAGAUGGCUUAGACUACAGGAUCGCAGCUCACAUUGUAUCCAUCCUGCCCUCACUCUGCCUCUCAGAGAAAGAGAAGAAGAAGCUUCAUGAAAUAUUCUUAGCUGAAGAAGAAUGUGAAGGCAAAGCAGUGACCAAAGGCCCUCUCCUGCUGAACUUCCAUGAUGCCCAUGCAUACAAAAAGUACACACUAAAGGACCAAAAGAAUUUUGAUCCAGUCCAAAUUGAGCAGGACAUGCAAUCCAAGUUGCCACUGUGGGAGUUUCUGAAAUUCCCUCUGUCCCCACCUUGGAAUAGUACUAGGCGUCUUGCUACCAUCCAUGAACUUAUGCACUUCUGUACAAGUGAAAUCCUGAGCUGGAAUGAAGUAGAACGAGCCUUUAAGGUAUUUACUUUUGAGAGCCUCAAGCUCUCUGAAGUAGAUGAAUCAGGGAAAUUAAAGCCUUCAGGAAUGAUGUGUGGAACAAAUGCUGAGACAUUCAACACCCCGUGGGAUAACCCAGCCAGAUUUGCUAAACAAAUAAGGCAUCAGUGCUUGCAGAAAAUGAAUUCCAAAGAAACUAAACCAGAAACAGAUAUUGAAACCAAAGACAAGAUAAUAUUCAUGGAUCAGAACUGGUCACAGUGUGUGCAAAACAGUGAGAGCCAUGGAAAUCUUCCAGAUUCAGCUCAGCCCACUGCCAAGCAUUCUAACUCCAAUGCUGUGAAACCCUCAGAUCAUGGUGAUACAAAGUUAUCAGAACAGACCAAUGUGAAUACUCAGCCUUGGCCACAGCCUUUGGAGCAGACCACGGACACUGAGAUCAAAGAUGAAGCAGUCACAAAGCAUGAUUCUCUUGAAAAGAAACCCAAGAAGACAGUGGUGGAAGCAGAAUUAGAUGACAUAAGGAAGACACAGCAGCGCAGUCUAGUGGACUGGAGUUUCACUGAACACUUUCAGCCAAAAGUCCUGCUUCAGGUUCUUCAAGAAGCCCAUCAGCAAUAUCAGUGUGUUGACUCCUAUUACCACACCCAGGACAACUCCUUGCUGUUAGUUUUUCAUAACCCCAUGAACACACAACGCCUGCAUUGUAAAUACUGGAAUAUUGCUUUGCACUCCAAUGUUGGAUUCAGAAGUUAUUUGGAACUUGUUGCAAAAUCCAUUCAAGACUGGGUCACAGAGGAAGAAGCUAAAUAUCAGGAAGCCAAGAUGGCUGAGGAGGUCAACAAAGCCAAGGCCGAGCAAGAACAGAAAGCUUCCACUGCAAAAACUUCUUCCAGCAAAACACUUUCCGUCAAAAAAUCUAAAAGUGGCAAAGUAAUCAGCAAAACUGAGAUACCAGAACAAGAAAAAGAGAAAGAGAAAGAGAAAGAAAAGAUUCCUUUCAUUUUAGAAGGCUCUCUCAAGGCAUGGAAAGAAGAACAAGAACGACUGGCUGAAGAGGAACGCUUAAAGGAAGAGAAGAAAGCAGAAAAGAAGAGUAAAGAAGCUGGUAAAAAGAAAGGCAAGGAUAAAUCAGACAAAGAGAGCAGCAAGCCUUUGAGAAUAAAGCCUUCCAAGGAGAAGGUGAAGGAAGAGCAGGCCAGGAUCCCCAAACCAACAGAGGAGCUUCCUCCACUGCCAGAGUCCGAGGUCAUGUACCCGUUUCGAGGAUACAAUAUGGGAGAUGUACCCAUCCAAAUCUCAGGGACAAAUUAUCAUCUGUAUCCUUCUGAUGGAGGACAGAUUGAAGUAGAAAAGACAACAUUUGAAAGAGGCCCGACUUUUAUCAAAGUGAAGGUGAAAAAAGACAAGCACAACUUUAUAAUUCACUUAACAGACCCAAUGGAAAUUGUGAAAAAGCAAAAAGAAGAGAAUUACUCUUCUGAAAAAGAGGAAGAAGAAAAAAGUGAACUAAAUAUUGAAACAAAACUAUCACAUGCAGAGAAUAAAGUUGUCAGCAAGUUUGGAUCUUUUUCUGCCACUUUAGAAAAUGGAAUCUGCCUCUCAAUAAGUUACUAUGGAGCAAGUGGAAUGGCACCAGAAGAGAAGGAUCCUGAUUUGGAGACCAUGUUGAAUAUCCCUUCAGCACUUACCACAACAGUGAUCCCUGUUAUUGUGACAGCUCCUCAGGGCAAAGCAAAAGGGAAACAAAAAGGCAAAGAGAAGGCCAAAGAGUCCCUUAAAGAGGAGGAAUACCCCAAAGAAGAAGAGAAAAAGGAAGAAGUGGAACCAGAACCUGUUGUACAAGAGUCUCAUUAUGUUCCCACUUUCCAAAGCCUCAAUGUGUCUUGCCCCAAUGGGCUUCUGCUGACCUUCAUUGGACAAGAGUCUGCAGAUCAUCAUGGUGUGGAGGAGGACCCCACCUGGAACAUCAUGAUCCGUCAGAGCUAUCCCCAGAGGAUGAAGCACAGUGAGUUCUAUAAGGCAGUGAUGCCUCCCAUGGAACAAGAGGCAUCAAGAGUCAUCACCAGCCAGGGCACCGUCGUCAAAUAUAUGUUAGAUGGAUCCACACAGAUUCUCUUUGCAGAUGGUACUGUGAGCAGUAGUCCCAAUUCUGGUCCUGUUUACUCUCCUCCUGAAAUGUCAGCAAGCCCUCAUAAUGGAGAUUUGGUGGACUCUGUUUCUCAGCCAAAAUCAGAAAUAACACCAUCUGAAAUUGCCAUCACAAAGAAAGGAAAAGGUCACAAAAGUCAAUCAUCAGUGGCACAUAAGAAUGAGCCUUUCUUGGAGACAGCUCCAACAGCAGUUCCUGUGGAGGGUCACAUAGGCACCUGGUUUACAACCACACCUGAAGGAAAGCGGAUUGGCACCAAAGGAUUAGAAAGGAUCCCAAACUUGGCCCCAUUUUUAUCUUUUCAGGCUACAGAUCCUGUCAAUGGAACGGUUAUGACAACUCGUGAAGACAAGGUGAUUAUUGUUGUAAAGAAGGAUGGUACUAGGAUAGUGGAUCAUGCUGAUGGUACCAGAAUUACAACAUUUUUUCAAGUUUAUGAAGAUCAUAUUAUUUUUCCAGGUGAUGAUGCAACUGAAGGUAUGAGGACUAUCACCAGACAGGUGAAGUGUAUGCGGAUAGAAAGUUUACACUAUGCCACUGUUAUUACCAACUGUGAAGAUAGUAGCUGUUGUGCCACCUUUGGUGAUGGAACAUCUAUUAUUGCAAAGCCACAGGGAAUGUACCAGGUUUUACCCCCAAACACAGGCUGUCUUUAUAUUGACAGGGACUGUUCAGCUACAUAUUGUCAUGAGUCAAGUAGUAAUAUCUACCACCCCUUUCAAAAGCGUGAGCAGCUGAGAGCCAGUAGGUACAUCAUGAAGCACACCUCAGAGGUGAUCUGUGAGGUCCUGGAUCCUGAGGGAAACACUUUUCAGGUCCUGGCUGAUGGUACUGCAUCAACUGUGUUAUCUGAGAAAAAAUUAGAAGAUGACUUAAAUGUAAAAACAAAGGGCUAUGAUAGUUUAUCAUCAAUUCAUCUUGAAAAGAACCAUAUGCAAAUCUAUGGUGAACAUGUUCCCAGGUUUUUUGUGAUCUAUGCUGAUGGUUCAGGAGUAGAACUGCUCCGGGACAGUGACAUAGAGGAAUACUUGUCCCUAGCCUAUGGAGAGUCAACAACUUUGGUUCUCCAAGAGCCUGUGCAGGAACAUCCAGGUGCCCUAAGCAUCACAGUCCUCCGCCCUUUCUAUGAAGCAUCACCAUGGCUAAUGAAGAAGGAGUUAGAUACAAUUGUUCCUCCUAAUCUCCAGUCAAGGUCAUGGGAAAAGUUUCCCUCAGUUGAGAAAAAAACUCCAGGACCUCCUUUUGGCACUCAGAUUUGGAAGGGCCUCUGCAUUGGGUCCAAACAACUAAUAAGCACUCCUGCCCCAAUACUCAAGGGCCCCAAGGUGCUUCAGAUGCGCCAGUUCAUCCAGCACGAGGUCAUAAAGAAUGAGGUGAAACUGAGGCUCCAAGUUUCCCUUAAGGACUAUAUAAAUCAUAUUCUAAAGAAAGAAGAUGAACUGCAGGAAAUGACAGUCAAGGAUUCCAGAACUGAGGAAGAGAGAGGCAAUGCUGCAGAUCUCCUCAAGCUGGUUAUGUCUUUCCCUAAAAUGGAAGAAACCACAAAAAGUCAUGUUACUGAAGUUGCAGCUCACCUAAGUGAUUUAUUCAAGCAAUCUCUGGCUUCUGCUCCAAAAUGUCCACCAGAAACAUUUACUAAAGAUUUCUUUGAGAAAAAAUGGAGGCAUACAACAUCAGCAAAACACUGGAAAGAAAAGCUAGAAGAACAGAGGAACAAAAUUGAGCAAACAAAAAAGUAUCUAGCUGAAAUUAGGAACAAAGAAGCAACGCCCUAUUUUAAAUCUGAAUUGAGCCAGUUAUUUAAGUCUCAGUGUGAUUAUCUGGACAAGCUUUCCAGAAAACUACCUCCUUUUACUAAGACAGAAAAAGAAACAAACAAAACUACUGUUCCAGAUAUAUCUGGUCCUCACCUAGAUUCUCAGUCAUCUAUAUCUUCUGUACUAUCCUCAAGUACACCUCUUCUUCCAAAGUUAGAAAAUCUUGAGAAUCCCAAGGAGUCUGCUAGCCAGAGCCAAACGGAAAAGCUAUCAAAACCUACAGAAGAAGCUGAACCUUUUGUGCCUAUCAAAAUUCCAACCCAGUCAUUGCUGCAGGAUGUCACUGGACAAGCAAGGAAAGAAAAAGUGAGGUUACCUCAUUAUUUGAUGAGUUCCAAGCCCAAGUUUCAACCUCUUCCCAAGGUGCAAGAUUCUGUUGGCGGAAAAGUGUACACGUCCUCUGUUGCAUCUGCUGCAAUAUGUAAUCCAAACUCAUCCCCAUUUGGGUUCCAUCUCCUCCCACCAUCAGUGAGGUUUGGAGUGCUUAAAGAAGGGCACACUUAUGCAACCAUUGUGAAGCUCCAGAAUGUGGGAGUGGACUUCUGCAGGUUUAGAGUGAUGCAGCCCCCUCCCAGUACUGGACUGAAAGUGACAUACAAACCCGGACCUGUGGCAGCUGGUUUGCAUGCAGAGCUGAAGGUGGAGCUAUUCGCCAUGGCUGUUGGAGAGGACGGUGCCAAGGGAUCAGCACACAUCUCUCACAACAUUGAGAUCAUGACUGAGCAUGACAUUUUGUUCUUACCCGUGGAAGCAACAGUUUUAACAAGAAGCAACUACGAUAAUCGUCCAAAAGAUUUUCCCCAGGGAAAAGAAAGCCCCUCGGUCCAGAGAACUUCCACAGUUUCUUCCUCUGCACUUGGAGUCUUCAUGUCUCGUAAAGUUUCUCAGCAUUAGACUUUUCCUCUCGGUACAGCUCAAUGGCUUCCAUGAUCCUCUCGGCCUACAGACAAUGACAAAGGAAGAAAUCAUCACAGACCACUCCCAUCACCCAGGACACUGAAACUGGAAGGCCCAACUAAAACAUUCAGCUUAAUAAAGACAUGCCAGUUAGCGUGCCAAGCAGCA